AUGGCCGCCACAAAAGCCAUUCUUGUUACCGGCGCUACUGGUAAGCAAGGCGGUGCUGUACUUGAACAACUCGCAUCGCAUCCUUCGCACGCCGAUUACACGCUCUUGGCUGUCACCCGUGAUGCCAACUCCGGUUCUGCGAAGAAGAUUGUUGAGCGUCAUCCGGACGUAAAGUUGGUGCAAGGCAAUUUGGACGAGCCCUCGGCGCUCUUUGCAUCAGCCAAGGCCACACUCAAAGAGGCUGGCAAAGAGGAGAAGAUCUGGGGUGUUUACUCUGUUCAAGUCUCUCUAGGCAAGAAUGUCACCCACGAGAGCGAGGUCAUACAGGGUAACGCCCUGAUUGACGAGUCGAUCAAGGAAGGCGUCACACACUUUGUGUAUUCCAGCGUCGACCGCGGCGGCAACCAGCGCAGUUUCGAGAACAAGACGCCCAUCCCGCAUUUCCAGAGCAAGUAUGAGAUCGAACAACACCUUCUCGAGAAGGCUGGCAAGAACGGUGAAAACAUGGGCUGGACCAUCCUCCGACCGGUUGCCUUCAUGGACAACCUCGCACCUGGCUUCCCUACCAAGGUGUUCCUCGCAGCACUCCGCGAUACACUGCAGGGCAAGUCCAUUCAGUGGGUGUCUGUCGAAGAUAUUGGUCUAUUCGGCGCACGAGCGUUCGUCAACAACGAAGAAUGGAACGGCCGCGCCGAGGGUCUCGCCGGUAGUGAGCUCACUAUGGACGAGAUGAGUGGAUGCUUUGAGCGUGUCAUCGGUAGCGCGGUGCCGGCAACUUACGGUAUGUUUGGCUCCGCGCUUAUGUGGGCCGUCACGGAAGUGAACGUCAUGAUCAGUUGGUUCGCAGCUGAGGGCUAUGGCGCUGAUAUCAGCAAGUUGAAGAAGGAAGAGCCCAAGCUGUGCGAUUUCGAGACUUGGCUGGCGGAGAGGAGUGGGUGGAAAGGUCAGGCCAUCAAGCGAUAG